UCCACAGCUACCUGUCCAGGUGAAACAACUACAGGAUGAAAUCCAAAACCAACUGACUCGAUUGUUUUUUUUCCGAACUCUGAAUAUUGUUUGUAAAUCAGAUGCUGGGUUUUCUGGUUGUAAACGGCGGUUCCUCUGUGCAACUUACAAAGAGAUUAGAAACUCAAGUUUCCAAAAAUUGCUAAGGAAGCGAAAACCCAACAGGAUAAUACAGGGUUGAAUGAUAGCAUCGUCGGUCUGCGCGCUGUAUUGAUCCCUCGUCCAGAUCAACUACAAAUCAAGUAUAAAGCAAAUAACGAACUGAACUAAGCUUUUAACGACUUGAAACAGAUCAUAAUCGGGCCACUUUGACAACUGAGAAUGUGCCGAUAAGGUGGUAGACUCUGCGUCUCGUGCUGAAAGAAUGGGUACGGAAGCUGAAAAGUUACAGCAAUUCAAGAAAAUUGUGUCUGUCUUCAGUCGACUUGCAGAUAAUAUUCAUAAGUAGUUCUUAGACUUUAGCAUCUUUACUCACUAGGAUAACCAGCUCUCGGCAGCCGUGAAUUUUUCACAAGAAGAACAGUUUUGGUAAUUCUGCAGCUAAAUGUAAUACGUUAAGUAUUUCACAUGCGGCUAAGGGGAAAGCAGGGUGAGCUCAGUUUCAGGGAGAAAAGUGGAAGAAAUUUCAUGUUAAAAGAGACAGAAAGAAGCAGAGAACUACAGAAUGUGUUUGAAGAUUGUUAGUGUGUGAAUAGAGGAGCUUUUAUUUGGAAGUUGAAUUUUCUUCAGCCAUCAAGGCCAAGAUGACACUCCUACGAGUUAUUGUUAUAUUGAGAAGUGUUCUAUUUAUGCCUAUUUACGCAUUACCAGAGAUGAUAGAUACUGUUUUGGUGAACUGUUCAGGAAUUGGAUAUCCACAGUCUUUUUGUAUCCUGACACCAGAUGUAGAGAUAUUGGAUCUGUCUUAUAACAACAUCACAAUGAUUCAACAGCAGAGUUUCCAUAAUCUUAACAAGCUGAGGAAACUACUUCUUCAGUUCAAUCAUAUCACUGCGAUAGAAGCUGGUUCAUUUGCAAAAAAUUCAGAACUAAGGUAUCUUGACCUUUCAAAUAAUCUUUUGUAUGAUAUUUCAGUCUUGCCAUUUAACCAUCUCCAGUCACUGACACACCUUGAUAUUACAAAUAAUAUGUUUGGUACAGCUGACUUUGGAGCAGAGAUCAACAAACUGCAGAAACUACAUUCUUUACGUUUUGGAAACACUCAUAUUACUUCCUUAAAUUCCAGCUCCAUAUCUGCACUUCAAGGAAUCCCACUCAAGGAUGUUUAUUUAAUUACUGGAGACCUACAGGCAUUUGAACCUGGAACAUUUAGUGCCUUGCAGAAUGUAGAAAACCUGUCUCUUGAUUUGCAGUUUGAGCAGGAAGGACAAAUACUCAUCAAUAUUUUGCAGGAUGUUCCAAUGACUACCACUACGUUGAAAAUUCUAAAUUCUGAUUUUGUUAAAAAAGCAAAGAAUAUUGAUUUCUUUUUCCCUCUGAAAAAGUUAAAUAUCUCAAUACUAGUUGUGCGUAAUAUUACCAUUGAUGAUUCUUUGACCACACAUUUACUUAACAGUGUUCUUGGUUCAAACAUAAAAGAAUUAUUUUUAGACACAAUUUUAAUGGAUGGCAUUGGCAAGUGGAACAUAAUACCCAUACCAUCUGACCAGAUUAGUUUGCGCAAGCUUCACAUAAUGAAUAUAGAAAAUCCAAAUUUCUACCAUUUUUACUCACUUGCGUAUCUUGUUGAUAUGUUUGCACAACUGACAGAGUUAAUGAUACGAGAUGGAAAUUUGUUUUACAUUCCAUGUCAGGUAUCAGAAGUUAUGACAUACUUAAGAUUUUUGGAUAUAUCUUUUAACUUGCUUGAAGAAUUCAGCUUUAUUCCUGGAAAAUGCUUCGCCCCUUUUCCCAAUCUUAAUACUCUCAUAGCAAACAACAACAAGUUUUUAAAUCUACAAAAAUUUAGCACAUUGCUAUCUAAAAUGGAGAACUUGUCUUGUAUAAAUGCUAGUCAUAAUGACCUUGUACUACAGAAGGGACUGACCUGCAUAUGGCCUCAGACUCUAAAGCAUAUAAAUUUUUCACACAAUAACCUGGAAGGCAAUGUGUUUGGCUGCUUGCCAGCAUCAUUAGAAUCACUAGAUCUGAGUUACAAUUCCAUCACUGCAGUUCCAAACCUUAAAAGGCUCAGAAAUCUCCGUGAGGUUUUUUUAACAGAAAACUUCAUAGCAUCUUUACCUGAAAUUCCAGUGGAUUACUCACUGAAAAUCUUGCACAUUGACCACAAUAAAAUUCAUAACAUAAACAUACACUCUUUGCAGUCAUUAGAUCUAACUGAACUCAAAUUCAGCAACAAUCCUUUGGAAUGCUUCUGUGCAAUUCAAUCAAUCUCUAAUUAUGUUCAAAAAACACAUGUAGUGAUUCUUGAUUGGCCAGACCAGUAUCGAUGUGCAAGUCCAAGAAAAUUUAAGGGUCGAGUUAUCCAAGCCCUGAAAUUUUCCCCAAUUGAAUGCAAAAUUCCUUUGUUUGUUGGGGUUCUUUUGGCAUGUUUUGGACUUUUGGUAGGUGUCUGUAUUGUGCUAUGUAUAAAGUAUAACAUCACCUGGUAUUGCCGCACACUCUGGCUUUGGCUUAAAGCUAAAAGAAGUCUAGAUGCCAACCUGGCUGAAACAAAUUUUGAGUACAAUGCUUUUGUUUCAUACAGUGAGCAUGAUUCGGCAUGGGUGAAGAACAAACUGCUUGUACAAUUAGAAAAUAAUGACCCACCUUACCACAUCUGUAUCCAUGAAAGAGAUUUCAAACCUGGAAAAUCAAUAAUUAAUAAUAUAAUUGAUUGCAUAUCAAAAAGUUAUAAAACCAUAUUUAUCCUAUCAAAACACUUUGUGGAAAGUGAGUGGUGCCAUUAUGAAUUCUUCUUUGCACACCAACAGGUGUUUGAUGACAAAAAGGAUGGUCUUAUCUUACUCCUGUUAGAACCUAUUCCAAAGAAUUCCAUCCCAGAUCGAUUUUGCAAACUAAGGAAACUGAUGAACAGGAACACUUAUUUGGAAUGGCCUCAGAAUGAGUUUCAGCAGGCCUUCUUUUGGAAAAGAUUGAAAGCUGUCCUGAAUUUGGAUUUCCAUUCGUACAGUUCAAAAAUAACUCUGCAAGAGGUUAUCCAAGAACCUGAUGAGAUCCCUAAUCGUAUUUAGAUAAACAUAUACAAAACUGGGUAUUGAUGACAUAAAAUUUGAGCUUUAGAAAAUAAAGUUACUAACUUGCCUUUACAUCUGUAUGAAUUUGGUGUGAAAUUUGUUGCCAUUUGGAUUUCACCCAGCAAUGGUGUUACCAAAAUUGAAAUAAUAUCUAAAUAUCUGAAGAGAGAAAUUUUGCAUAUAUUGCUCUGCUACCCUCAUCAAAAACACAGGUAAUGUACACCACUUUUCAUAGGAUCCUCCUGGGUAACUAAAAUAUGUUUUUACAGAAGAUAAUGGGUUUGAAUGUUGAGUUGCCAAUGUAAAAUUCUGUCACUUUUGAACCAAAUUAUGCGUUCUCUCAAUGUGGGAUUGUGCUCAUACUGACAAGUAGUUGGUGGCAUUCUGUCAUCCAGUAGCAUAACUUCAUUCGGCUACCUCCUCAAGUUAACAACAUAACACACAAACCAUCCCUGUUGCAUUGAACAAACUAGAUCAAUUAUUUCUCUAAGUGUGUGUAUUAGCACUAAUCCUUUUUCAAAAUUACCAAUAUAGGUAUUAACACAUUAAAUGUUAUUGUUUGGUUGUUGUUAACACUGUGUUGUCUAAGCCUGGGAAUGCUUGUCCCUUGCAUGUUUGGGAAAAGCAAUGUCUGAACCAUGGGAGUGUUAGCACUCUAUACCAUUUAAACUGUGGGGAGUAACAGCUAUAAUGCCACUGUAUGUUAAUAACCAUUUCUGCAGAGUAUGAAUGUUCUCUGCCAGCCUUAUUGUCAUUGACUGAACAAAGUUACACAUUCUAGAUACAGAAAAAAAUGAAGGUAUUUGAAACAAGAUAUCAUAAACUUUGGAGCCGGUCUGGGCAUUGUCAUGGCUGAUCAGACACUUCAUUACCCCCCACCCCCCAUUAUCCCUAUAUUGCUUUAUUUCAUCCAUAUUUAGAAAUAUGUCAAUCUCUAAGCACAUUAAAUGAUGAGUUUCCAUAGCUUUCCAGAGUAGAGUAUUCCAAAGAUUCACAACGCUUUCCGUAAUAUAAUUUCUCCUCACCUUAGUUCUCAGUGGCUUCCCCCUUAUGCUGAAAUUGUGGCUUCUGGUUCUAGAUAACAACUGGGGAAACAUCUUAUCUGCAUCUGCCCUAUGUAUCCCUUUUGUAGCUUUUAGUGAAAUUCCCUCUCAUUCUUUGAAACUAUAGCAUAGAGGCCCAGUUGCCAUGAAAUUAGAAAAUAGGUAAAGGGAUAGGCACCAGUGCUGGCCUUGCCAUGCAGCAAUGCCCAAAUUUCAUGAAUGAAUUAAAACAAAAAAAAUAUAAAUUCUGAAGGGUCACUGGACUCAAAAUUAACUGUUUUCUCUU